AGUCGUCUUCGCGAUUGGGGAGUUUUGUUUAAAAAUCUUGGAAUAAUUUAUCUCAGGUUUUUGUCAGCCAGUCAAAAGUUGUGCAAGCUGCCUGAUGAUCUGUGCACGAUGAGCACGGAGCCUGCGAGCAUCGACAGCCUUCGUGUGCUGCACCAGAGUGACGACUUUAUUGUGGUGGACAAACACUGGGACAUCCGCAUUGACAGCAAGCUGUGGUACGUGAAACAGACAGUGCAGAUGCAGCUUCAGCACCACUUCCCUCAUCUGGCAGACCCCAGCACCUAUUAUGGAUUUAGGUUCUGUCAUCAGUUGGAUUUCUCCACCAGCGGAGCUCUUUGUGUCGCCCUCAACAAAGCUGCUGCUGGCCGGGUUUACCGCUGCUUCAAGGACCGCACUGUCACUAAAGCCUACCUCUCCCUGCUUCGAGGGUGGGUCGAACAAAAGACCCAAACUCUGGACUUCUCCAUUGGCAAGAACUCCACCGAGGGGAAAACACACAUGAUGUGCAUCGAAGGAACAGAAGGUUGUGAGAACCCCAAGCCGUGCCAGACUGAGCUGACGGUGUUGGAAUACGGGCUGUAUGAUGGAGAUCCUGCCACCAAAGUGCUGCUGCAGCCUCUUACUGGACGAACCCACCAGUUGAGGGUCCACUGCAGCGCCAUCGGCCACCCUAUAGUCGGAGACUUCACCUACAGUCUGGGAGCAGACAACUCUCCGUACAGAAUGAUGCUGCACGCCCACAUCCUUCACAUUCCCCUGGAGCCCCAGCACCUCUUUGUCACGGCUGAAGACCCCUUUGUCCCAGCUGUCGAUCCUAAAUGGGUCCCGCAGCGAUUGCUACAGACAUUAGCAGCCACUGUUGACGCCUUGCUCGAGCACAGAAAGACUAAAGAGAACGAGAGGGUGGAAGGGAGAAGAGAUGAGGAGAGGAGGAAACAAAGCAAACAUCAGAAGAUUCAGGAGGAGAGCGAGGAGCAGAGGAGGGUUUGCCAGGAGUGGCUGAGUGAACGGGCUGGAGACUGAUGGAGGAUUUUUAACUGUUAUUUAUUUUUAAUUUAUUUUUGUGCCAGGAACACAACUCAUUCUGAUUUAGCUUAAUUCUCACAAGCAAGUUAGAAUCAAUAAGAUGCAUAUAUGAUGGUUUUAUACUAUUCAACAUUAUAAUACUUUAAUUCUUCUGAAGUUCAGCAAAACAGCUCAGAACCCAAGUCCAGUGAUGUUGUGGUGCCUUGCGCAUUCAUUCAACCUUUAUUUAUUCAGGUUAGUCUCAUUGAGCCUCUAAGACUCGUUUACAAG